GUUGCACAGUUCUCUUGAUUGACAAUUCCUAUACCACGAAACUCAACAUGGGUGCCGACUACUACAAACUUCUUGGAGUUGACAGGAAUGCUGACGAAAAUGAAAUAAAGAAGGCCUACAAGAAGAUGGCCCUCAAAUGGCAUCCUGAUCGUAAUGCAGGGUCCGAAGCUGCCUCAAAGAAAUUCAAAGAGAUAUCAGAAGCGUUUGAAGUUUUGAGCGACAAGAACAAGCGUACCGUUUAUGAUCAAUUCGGUGAAGAGGGCCUCAAAGGCAGCGGACCCUCUCAAGGAGCAGGAGCAGGCGCAGGAUCAGGUUUCUCUUCAUUUGGAGGGUUCCCAGGAGGUGGUGGAAGCACAUUCACAUUCACCAGUAAUGGUCCUGGUGCUAGCUUCAGCAGCUUUGGAGGUGGUGGUGGAUUCAAUGCUACAGAUCCUAACGAGAUAUUUGAGCAGAUCUUCGGUGGAGGCUUAGGGGGUUUCAGGAUGGGAGGCAUGGGUGGAGGCGGGGGGCCAAGACGUCAAGGGAGUAUGUUCGACCAUGACGACGACGACUCUAUGGAUGGUUCAACAUUCUUCGGGGGAGGAAUGCCCAGAGGCAUGCCCCGCCAACAUCAACAUUCCUCAUCGUCGUCAUCCAAAGUUGCCGAAAUCACACGACCUCUCAAGGUCUCGCUCGAAGAUUUACAUUCUGGGACAGUCAAGCAUUUAAAGAUUGGACGACGUCUUUUGAAUGGAACGAAUGAAGACAAGGUGCUCGACAUCCAAAUACACCCUGGUUGGAAGAGCGGUACGAAAAUCAGGUUUGCUCGUGCUGGGAACGAGCAAUUGAACGGUGAAGCGCAAGACGUUGUGUUCGUGGUGGAAGAAAAGCCUCAUUCGACGUUCACGAGGGAAGGAAAUGAUCUCAUUUACCAACUUUCCAUACCUCUGGUAGAGGCACUGACACACGAUGGCGGGAAGAAAGUUGUGGACAUGCUGGAUGGAAGGAAACUUCAAGUACCGAUACCGAGUGGGGUUGUAAAGCCUGGACAGGAGACGACGAUUCCAGGUGAAGGUAUGCCAAUACGAAAGGAUGGGAGCGUGAAAAAGAAGGGUGAUUUGAUAGUUAAGUGGAAUGUGCAGUUUCCAGAUCGGUUAUCGGCCUCGCAGAAGGAGAAGUUGAAGAAGGCGUUCAUCUAGACUGUUUUUAUCAUGUAUGUGUAUACUCUAGUUUCGCUGCAUUGUACAUUGUAUCACCA